AUGCCGAUCGGCAUCCAGCGGCUCAAUGCGAAGCGAUCGCAACCGAACGACCGCAUCAUCUUCAUCAAACCACUGAAAGGCCGCGAUGAAAAAGUCGCACAAGACUUUCUGGAGAGAAUAGCAGCACAAUGCUUGCCAGUUAUGAGAGAAAAUCAUCUUUCGGUGAUGUCACUAGAGGAGUACGAGCCGAACCCUGAGUUCGUGGGCAGAAACUUUAACGCCGGAGAGAUCGUGCAGCUUGUACUCAAAUCGCGGUCAGGCAGAUGGCUGCCAUUCGAAUAUGUGCAGAUGGUGAUGAUGCACGAGCUGGCGCACUGUAAGCAAAUGAACCACUCGAGAGCGUUCUGGGCGGUGAGGAAUCAAUACGCCGAGCAGAUGAGAGGCCUCUGGCAGCGAGGGUACACCGGCGACGGCAUUUGGGGUCGAGGUACCCUGCUACAGACAGGCCAAUUCCAGAACAACGUUGCGCUGCCCGGAGAACCCCUUCCAGAGCACCUUUGUGGCGGAACAUAUCGGUCGCGCGGCCGCAAGAGAAAGGCCAAGCCAAAGCUGUCCUACAAAGAACAGAAGGAGCGUCGGAUUCUGAAGAAGUUCGGUGCUAAUGGAGUCGCCCUGGGCGCAGACGAAGAAACCAAGGUCAAACUAGAGGGCGGCAAGCGCACGCAGGCAAAGCCUCGAGUAGCUGGGAGCGCAAGAGGUCGCGAACUGCGGGCAGCCGCAGCGCUCGCUCGCUUCGACCAGAAGAAGGAGCCGGAGGAGGAUAUCAAGUUCGAGCCGAAGGAUGAAGACAGCACCGAGAGCGAGUACGAAGAUGAUCCGGUGGAUAUCAAGGCGGAAGACGCAGUCGACAUUGAUGGAAAGCGGAUUCUCGAUGGCAAGGGCCGCGGCAUGAUCAAGGUCUGCGAAGACGAGAAUCCAGACGACCAGGAUGCUCAGAACGAACUACAAGAGCUGCGUGCUUCGGUUAAGCAGUGGCGACAAACACAUCUCAACUUCAAACGCGAGAACGAGCCCUCAGCAUCGACAUCCCGGGACGCACCAAAGAAGGAGCUGCAAGAGAAAAAGCCGGCUACUACAGGUCGUCCAUCGAAGCAACCAUCGCCGCCCAGAGUGAAAGUCAAGAAGGAAGAGGAUGACGAAGUACAGGAGGUGCCAAUCUCUGCCAUCGCAACUGCAGCCUCCAUCAAGACAGAAGCACAAGACGGACCUCAAACAAUUCCAGAUCACCGUCCAACGUCGCCCCCGCGCGCGGCACCACGCUCGGGCGACAGUGGGUCGACGCCCUCGAACAUCACGACGUCGUCGAUACCGGCAACAACGCUGCCGGCUGAAGUCAGUUGUGGAGUCUGCUCCUUUGCGAACCCAGGCCUCGCGAUAACGUGCGCGGUGUGCUCCCACGUGCUGGACCCGGCAAGCGUGCCGAACGCCUGGCGAUGCCGGAGCGCAGCGUGCCAGGGGAGCCAGUAUCUCAACCCCGGCGAUUUUGGGGUCUGCGGAGUCUGCGGCCAGAGCAAAAAGCAAGACUGA